GAAAAGUAAAGAAGAAAAUUCUUCAGAUUGUUUGUAGUAGUAUAAACUUUAGAGCGUAUUUCUCGUGAGUAGUCCCAAAAAAAUGCUUUAUAGAGUGGCACCCCUAGUACCUAUACAACACAGUAAGCAAAACCCACCUGCUGUCUGAACACACCCACCUGGGACCAGCCCCCCUUUUUCUUCUUCUUUCUUCUUUGGAUUCAUCAUAUAAAAAAAACCCAUUUUCUUAAUUUUGAGAAAUCUUGAAAAAAAUCGAUUCUUUUUGGGGAGAAAAUGAUGUGGGAAGGUGGAGGGUUGCCGGUGGAGGGUGGUGGUGGUGUUGGUGAAGGUGGUGGUGUUGGUGGUGGUGGAGGUGGUGGUAGUGGGAGGAGGAAGCCAUCAUGGAGGGAAAGGGAGAAUAAUAGGAGGAGGGAAAGGAGGAGAAGGGCAAUAGCAGCUAAGAUUUAUAGUGGAUUAAGAGCACAGGGGAAUUAUAAUCUUCCUAAACAUUGUGAUAACAAUGAGGUUUUGAAGGCUCUUUGUGUUGAAGCUGGAUGGAUUGUUGAGCCUGAUGGAACUACUUAUAGAAAGGGAUGCAGGCCAACUCCAAUGGAGAUUGGAGGCACUUCAGCCAACAUUACGCCAAGUUCUUCACGAAAUCCAAGUCCUCCCUCUUCAUACUUUGCUAGCCCGAUUCCAUCUUACCAAGUUAGUCCAACAUCCUCGUCUUUCCCAAGUCCAUCUCGUGGUGAUGCUAACAUGUCGUCACAUCCAUUUGCAUUUCUCCAUAGUUCCAUUCCCUUGUCGCUACCACCAUUACGAAUAUCAAACAGUGCCCCUGUAACACCACCUCUUUCAUCACCAACUAGAGUCCCUAAGCAGAUAUUUAAUCUUGAGACUUUGGCUAGAGAGUCUAUGUCUGCUCUAAAUAUCCCUUUCUUUGCUGCUUCAGCCCCAACUAGCCCAACUCGAGGUCAGCGAUUCACUCCUGCUACAAUACCAGAGUGUGACGAAUCUGAUUCAUCCACCAUUGAUUCUGGCCAGUGGAUGAGCUUUCAAAAGUACGCAGCCAAUGGGAUCCCUACUUCUCCGACUUUUAAUCUUAUUAAGCCUGUAGCUCAGAGAAUUCCUUCUAAUGAUAUGAUCAUCGACAAGGGUAAGAGCAUUGAAUUUGACUUUGAGAAUGUAUCAGUUAAGGCAGCAUGGGAAGGUGAAAAGAUUCAUGAGGUUGGUUUAGAUGAUCUGGAGCUCACUCUCGGAAGUGGGACUGCUCGGAUGUGAUUUUCAUGAUUAAAAGAACUGCUCAGUGUGGAUUUACAGAUUGAGAUUAUCCGAGCUUGCUAGCUGAUGAUUCACUCAAGCAGUCCAGUGGAUGUUCGUUACAGAGAUAGAUCUUGCAUGUUGCUGUUUACCUUAUAUACAGACAUUUUUUUUUUCCUUUUCGCCUUAUCUGAUGAGGCCUUUAAGUUUAGUUUGGGUCUUGUCAUAAGCAUUUAGGUAUAGAUAGUUGAUGGUUUCUAUCUCCUUGUGGUUGAGAAUUGUUUCAAGUCAUUGUAGACUAGCAGGAGUUCUCCUUAAACCUGAACUAUCCACAGUUAUAUUUUCAUGAUUAUAGUAGAUCCCUUUGUUGUUAUGCAACUGGAUUUCUUGUUUUAUGAUCUAGCGUCAAUUCAAAAUCAAUGGAUGUGCUAUUCUUUAA